AUGAGUUACAUUGUUGUAAGAAGCGUUUCCAAUUUAGGGGAAAUAGUGGAAGUUACUACUGAGUACCCUGAAUUAACUAUAACCAGAAUUGGUUACUCUAAUGUUUUCGAUGAAGUCACUUCAACCGACAUAACCUCUCGCCAUCAAAUAAACAUGGACGGAGUUAUUGUUGAAAACCAGGAAUCAGAAGAUAUCAAUACUAUAGAUAUUGAAAAUCGAAAUAAAUUGUAUGAUACCAUUGAAAUCACUUAUGAUACAGAUGAAGAGACAGAACAGGUACAAGCCGAACAGAUUGUUACAGUAAAUAUUGAUGGUACGACAGACGAUAUCAUUGAUAUCACUUCUGAUACAGAAGAGAUAGAAGUCAGACAGAUUGCUCCAUUAGUUAAUCUGAGAUGUCUGCGAUUCAUAAGAGAUCGCAAAAGAACUUUUCCCACUUAUUACAAAGAAAAAGUAUUUGAUGAAUUGAUAAAUAUUUUAAGUAAUAAAACAGAAGACGAUAUUCUCAUUCCUAUUAGAGAAGAAGAACCCAUCUUCUAUAAUUUACGUGUAAGAGACUUAAUGAGUUUACUAAUGCCGAAAGGUUGGCUGAAGGAUUCUGUUGUUCAGGAUUAUCUCGCACUAGUGCUUCAUGAAAAAGAAACAACAAGGCCAAUGUAUACAGACUUUUUAGUUGCUUAUAAAACGCGUGGGUAUGAUAAUGCUUUAAAGUAUUUAAAAAACUAUAAUUUAAAUAUUGUCAACACAAUUGUAUUUCCGAUCAAUCCUGGUGGGAAUCACUGGGCCUUAAUUGUUGUUGAAAUUUGGGAGGGUAAAAUGCACGUUUUCGAUAGUCUUAGACCAGAGUCGCUUAUGGGCGAUUUGAAAUUAUUACGUGAAUUUUUUAAUCAGGCACUCGUAGAUAUCAUUAAUUCAGAAGAUUCUGGUGUGCAGAGGACUCCUCCUGCAGAUUGGAUAUUUAUUGAUGCCGGGUCUCCUAAACAAGAAAAUGAUCAUGACUGUGGUGUAUUCACGUGUGUGAAUGCAAGGUAUUUUUUAACGGAUACACCACGGCCAAUGAAGUUCACCCAGAAAUACAUACCAGUGUACAGGCAGAUGAUUGCCUGGGAACUGAUGAAAUGGAAACUUGACUCUUGA